CUUUAUUAAAGUGAAAAUGGAAUUGUACUGGUAGAGUUUUUUUCUGAUUUUAAUAUUAUUUUAAUAAAAAAUUAAAAUAAUUUGGACUCAACUUUUUUUCUCAAAUUAAUGUGUUCCAAACCGCAUUUAUAAAACAAAAAUCGUUGAUAAAUUACAAAGAAACAGGACUCUUUUCAAGUCCAAAAUAAGAGUGGUAUCGAGGCAUUCAAUCAAUGCGUCCAGUUCUCUGCAAGUUCUCGCCUCAUCCCAUCUUCCGCCGACAGCUUUCGCAAAUCGCAACCCCAACCCCAACAACCAUUACCAUUGAUUCUUCGACAAUUUCUUCACUCACCAACCCUUUGAAGUAUAGCUGGAAGCACGCCUCGCUCUCCACCCCCUUACUCGAACAACCUUGGUCGUACUUCGCCAUACGACCUCUGGAAAUAAUCCCCAGCUCCAUUCUUCCUCGGAGACUUGAAGGAUGUCGGAGGCCAACUUCUGAUCGUGCGUGCGACGCCUAAGAUCAUCCGCCGUGCCCCGCAUCACGACUUCGACGUAAUUGCAGUCUCUGCGUUCUUGCUCAAACCUCGCUAUCUCCUCCGCCUAAAGCAUCGCUAAGCUCGAGAGAUCGUCGUCAUAUACAACGACCGAAGGGGGCGGCGGUGACAGGGAAGGCGAGGAAGAGUAGGCCACGUGUCAAUCGAAGGAGAUUCAUCCAGAUUAAAAAAGGCUAGUUCAUUGCAUGUUCGCCGGAUGGACCAACAUUUUUUGAAACGUAUCAAUUUGAAAAAACAAAAGGAAAAAAGAAGUUUAGUCCAAACUAUUUUGAAAUAUUUUUUAUUAAAAUAAUAUUAAAAUUAUAAAAAAAAAAAAAAAAAACUCUUAUAAGAAAAUAUACAAUAAUAUACAAGAAGCGCGGAAUCUUGAAUUUUAUAACCAAAUAAUAAAGGACCUAAGUCAAGUCAAUGGCUUUUCCUGCCACAAUGGAGUAAAACUUGAAACAGGAGACUAAGCAGCAGCAGCAGAAGAAGGACCAACUCACCGUCAUUGAAGUCUAGCAGCGAGAUUGUGCGUUAUUCACACUGUAAUACUGUAAUUUGGGACCAUUGAGAUUAUGUACUCUUCAAACAGUAUUGUGUGGAUUAGUUAUUUGAACUAGACCUAUUCAAAAGUUAUAUUAAGCUUUGUACAAAUCCAAGGCCUCAAGUCAAUGCUGCUGGACACAGCAUAACUAUGAUCUAUUCCUUGAAAAUUAAGUAUGCGCUUUCGUGAUUGUUGCAGCAAUUUUUCAGCUCAUCCAAAUUGUUCAAACAAGAGGAAAAAAAAAAAAGAAAAUCAAAACUGGGCAUGGCUUUUCUCGUUAUUCCUGACAAGGUCAAGACGCUAUGGGAUGAAUGGAAUCUGCGCGUUGCUGUUCUUACCAGUCUCUUCUUCCAAGUACUUUUGAUUUUCUCUGCAUCAUCUCGAAAACGAACAGGAAAUGUAAUCAUAACCUCGAUUAUCUGGUCAGCUUACUUGCUAGCCGAUUGGGUUGCAGCUUUCGCUGUUGGUCUCAUCUCCAACAGCCAUAAUGAUCUCAUCUCCAACAGCCAGAAAGACUGCAUUAAGGCAACUCAUAAUGAAGACCUUCUGGCUUUUUGGGCUCCAUUUCUUCUGCUUCACCUUGGUGGCCCUGAUGCAAUAACUGCUUUCUCCCUUGAAGAUAAUGAACUAUGGAUUCGGCACUUGCUCGGACUUGUCAUCCAACUUGCUGCUGUUGUCUAUGUCUUCUCACAAACACUCCCCAAUAGCCUCUGGCUCCCCACAACCCUCAUGUUUUUUGCUGGAACUACUAAAUAUGCUGAACGGACCCGUGCUCUAUAUCUGGCGUGCAUGGGUAAUUUCAAGGCUUCUAUGCUUCCAGCACCUGAUGCAGGACCAAAUUAUGCUCAGCUCAUGGAGGAAUAUUCAUCAAACAAGGAGGCCCAAGUUCCAGUGGAUAUUAUAAUUGUAAAUGAACCCGACAAAGAGCACAAGACCCCUACACAAGAUGAAGAACUACCAUCCAACACAGUUUCCCUCAAUGACAUAGAAAUUGUGCAACAUGGGUACAUGUUCUUUGAUACUUUCAAGGGACUAAUCGUUGACCUCAUGUUUAGCUUUCAUGAGCGUAAUGAAAGUCGAAAGUUUUUCUUCCAGAGGAAUGCAAAGGAUGCUUUUAAGGUGAUGGAGGUUGAGCUCAAUUUCAUGUAUGAUGUGCUUUACACAAAAAUGGCUGUGGUGCACAGAAAAAUUGGUUACUUUUUUCGUCUCAUUUGCACCAGUUUCAUAGUCGUUUCCUUCGAGCGUUUUGCUGUUCAUCAUAAGCACGAAGGUCACAAGUUUGACAUUAUAGUGACAUACACUUUGCUAAUUGGUGCUAUGAGCCUGGAAUUAAUUGGUUUUCUAAAGCUCAUUUUCUCUGACUGGACUAUAGUGUUACUCAAGAACGGCAGUGUCAAAAAAGUUGUUGCUGCUAUCCGUGAAAAAAUCUCUCUUGAUAACAGAUGCAGAUGGUCUAAAUCUGUCUCACUGCACAGUUUGAUAAGUUACUGCCUGAAGACACGGUUCAACUGGUUGGACAAGGUAAUUGACUUUAUUGGACUAAAAGAUUUCAUGGAUGAGUUGAAAUACAAAAAAACCAAACCUGUUGAGAAAAAUCUUGAGGAAUUCAUCUUCAAUGAGCUGAAGGAGAAAGCCCUGAAAGCAAAGGACUUGAAAACUGCCAAGGAGAUAUGUUCAGCAAGAGGUGAUUGGGUUCUCUCACAGAACACUUGCCAUUACCAGUCAAUUUUGUCUACUGUUGAAGUGGAAUAUGAUGAGAGCCUUUUGCUUUGGCAUAUUGCAACCGAACUCUGCUAUUACACCGAGUAUAAAGCUGAUGAUACAGAUGAAAAUCUCCAAUUCUCUAAGCUCUUAUCAGACUAUAUGUUAUAUCUUUUGGUCAUGCGUCCUACAAUGAUGUCUGCAGUUGCUGGUAUUGGGCAAAUUAGGUUCCAGGACACAUGUGAGGAAGCAAAGAAGUUUUUUCGCAGAGGACAAUUCAAACGAAAGUGGUCUAUUGUGUCCUUAGUGGCGAGUAAUCAAAAAAUCUCUACAGGGAGCAUUUUCCAGGACUUGAAAAAGAUCUUUUAUAAAGGGCGUUCAGAAUCAAUGGCUAAACAAAUGGAAGUCUGCCAAAAGCUUCUUUCAGUAAAUACAGAUGUUAAACCCAUGGAUGUAAAGGGAGAUAGAAGCAAAUCAGUGCUGUUUGAUGCAUGUAUUCUUGCAAAAGACCUGAAAAAAUUGAAGAAGGAGAGGCGGUGGAAGCUAAUGAGCAAAGUGUGGGUUGAAUUGUUGUCUUAUGCUGCAUGUCAUUGCAGAGCAAAUGCCCAUGCCCAGCAGCUCAGCAAAGGUGGAGAGCUAAUUACCUUUGUCUGGUUAUUGAUGGCCCAUUUUGGCAUGGGGGAACAGUUCCGUAUAGAGGCUGGUCAUGCCAGGGCAAAACUAAUUGUCAGUAAGUAAACAUAGACUAUAGGAUCAAACCACUGGUGUUGUUCCCCAUGAGUUCCAGUACUAUGAAUAGAUCUUAUGUAAUUUUGUUCUUUAUUUAUUUUUUAUCUUCCCUUUUUGUGCUUCAAGUUUGGUGAUUGCUGAUAUCCAUUGAGAGAGAUGCCCGUUAAAUCGACAUUUUAAAUC